AUGCGGAAUGGGGCUGCCAAUCUGUCACCAUUGCCCCGGCCACCACAGUCUAACUCUCAAUACUCCCUUCGCACUUAUGAACAUGAAGACUACCCGUUGGAGCCCAUGGUAGCAGACACCGCACUGGCCGCACCAAGCUAUGAGGCUCUCCUGACACCCGCCGGGGCUGGACAGUACGAUGAGGAAGAAGGAGCUGAUCUGGUUGCCUCAGGUCGAGGAGAUCAGCCUUUGUUGAGUGGCCGUCGCAUCUCAUGGCGGAGCGGAAGCCGCCUGCUACCGGCCAAGUCCGCCUUUCAAGCUGUUCUGCGCUGGUUGAAAGGACCCAAUCCUCCUCGGAUAUAUCGGAUCCAAUCUUCAGAAUGGCUUCAAGCCGUGUGCGACCGGCUGCUUGAGAAGUGUUGUCCGAGUGGAGGGCUCAAGCUGUGCCUUCUGCUGUUAUUGUAUGCAAUAUGGGCCGGGAUGUUCAUUCUCGCUCUUCCAAUGCCGGUGGCAGGCAGUAAUGACUCAGGCCGACCAGCUCGACUAAGCUGUACAUCUCGGCUCUGGUCGAAUAGCACCAAUUGUGGCUUGGACGGCGGCGACUGCCGUCCCUUCGAUCAUGGCACCUUCACAUUCACUUGUCCAGCUGGCUGUGCCGACGUCAAGAUCCUCGAACCUCACUACGUUGGAGCUCAAGAAGUCAACUACCGGACUUUUGUUAUCGGAGGGCCAAAGGACACCGGGAUCCCGACCACGGCGAUCUAUCGUGGAGAUUCAUUCAUCUGUCCGGCGGCCAUCCAUGCUGGGCUGGUGACCAAUGCCAAAGGUGGCAGCGGACUGUUGUCACGGACAGGACAACGAUCCGAUUACCCAAGUACCAGUGCCCACGGCGUUUCCAGCAUUGGAUUUCCAUCCAACUUUCCUCUAUCUUUCAGCUUCGGAGCCCCAGGGCCAGACACCUUCUCGUACACAGAUUCCCGGUGGACGUAUCUGUGCUUCUCGAUCAUCUUAACGUCUCUGCUUGCGGUCUUUGUUACGUCGCCGACGACGCUAUUCUGGUCUGUCUUCGUGGGGAUUUUUUUUCACGUGGCGUUGAUAUCGGAUCCUCCAUACUAUCACGACUAUUCCGACCUCAUCUCAUUGGCAUUUAGGCGUUUCCUCCCGGCUGCAUUCGUCGCUCAUGUCAUCUACAAGUACUGCAUCCACCGAACACUGUACGACCUGAAAGCUCCUAUCGAAAGGACCGUGCUAUGGCUCGGUGGGUGCUGGCUCGGGGCUCUAAACAACGUAACAUUUGACCGGAUACCAAUCUCUCGAUUGACUCCACAUGACCUCAAACAACAACCUGGGGCUAUCGCUGCUCUCCUCUCGAUCAUCGGCGUUCUGCUAGUCAUAGCGGUCGGACAGGCUUGGUGCUUCAGGGUCGAAGGCGGCAUGCCGCGCUAUCUGCUUUUCUACGCCAUCGUCGCCGCAUUCCUUGUCGCCCUCAUUCUCGUCCCCGGCACCAACCUCCGGAUACAUCAUUACAUCCUCGCCCUGAUCCUGCUCCCAGGCACAUCGCUCCAGACCCGACCGAGCUUGCUGUACCAGGGGAUUCUCGUCGGGUUGUUCAUCAACGGCAUUGCGCGGUGGGGGUUUGACAGCAUCCUACAAACACCGGGCCAACUGCUCCAGGAUGGCGAACUGGGGAGUGUCCUCCCGCAGGUCCAUCCACCGAUCGUCUCUGGCAAUCGCAUCAGAUUCACUUUCGAAGACGUCGUCGCAUCGUUUGACGGAAUCAGCGUCCUCGUCAACGAUGUCCAGCGCUUUGUGGCCUUCGAGCCGGAUGACAUGUCGUUCAACUGGACGCGCUUGGUGGACAGUGAGCCCGAGUUCUUCAGGUUCGGAUACGUCAACCACCUGGAGCUGGGAGGGGAGUGGUACGCCGACUUUACAGCUCCGGGGCAGUGGCUCAGCAACGGCACUUAUGUACCUGGGUUGGAUUAA